AUGGCCGUGCCAUCUGCUCAAGCCCGUUCGACCAUCAAGGCGGCGUUCGAAAGGUUCAAACGAAGCGUCACUGCCGACGAUGCUCGCAGAUUUCAAGACACCAAUCUCAACGAUGUCUGGGAUACCGCCGCUGAGAUCGAAGACAAGCUUGCCAAUUCAAAGAGCUUGCGCAACAUGCGCCGCAUCGAGCCCUUCUUAAGAGGCCUCGAGCACUAUGCCAGCGUCGUUGAAGUCCUCUGCAACGGCACGGAUUACUUAUCUUGGAUAUGGGCUCCAAUCAAGCUCAUGCUUCAGAAGGACCCCGACUUUCAACAAGUCCUGGCACUGUUCUAUGCGGAUAUCUUGGAAUUUCACCGUCGAGCCUACAAAUUCUUUCGUGCAAAGGCCUGGACUCGAUUCUUCCACACGUCAUGGGGGCGCUUCGACGGCCGGUUCAAGGCAAUCCUGGAAAAUAUUGCCCGAGACAGCGAGCUGAUUGAUAAGAACGCCAAAGCCAUCGAUAUACUGCAUGCCAAAGAGUUUCGUGAUAAGCAAAACGAGUACAUAACUCAGCGAGAGAAACAGGAAGAAGCGGCCGAGUUGGCGUCGGCCAUUACGUGGUUACAAAUCAACCAGGUACACGACCAGGAAGAAGAAGUCGACCGCCUAAAUAGUCGCUGCCAUCCGAGAAGUUGCGACUGGAUUUUUCAGCUCGAAAGAGUGAGAAAGUGGAUGACAGAUGAUGAGACUCAACCGAUAAUAUGGCUGCAUGGCAAGCCCGGCGCUGGCAAAAGUGUCAUAUGCUCGAGCGUGAUCAGAUCUCUGCAGAAGCGAGAUUCUCUGGUGCUUUAUUUCUUCUGCACCUACCGUUCUCUUGAGUCCAGCAACACUGUUCACGUCCUGAGGUCUCUGGCAGCUCAAAUACUUCGGAGGAUACCCGAGUGUGCCGCCGAUGUAUAUUACAACUACAUCGCCCCGUUGACCAGAAUCGUGUUGGAUGGGUUGGACGAAUGUGCUAUCGAAGACCAAACGAAGACCCUCAAAGCGAUUCUCCCCAUGAUUCAAGACGAGUCUCUCAACUGUAGGGUGUUGAUAUCCAGCCGUGAGGUCCCAGGAAUUUCGCGGGCUCUUUCUCAGAAAGCAAAGAUUUCCUUAUCCGAAGAGAACAAGUCUAUCAACAUGGCCAUCGAAUACUUCAUCAAGGAUAAACUCGCAGACCUUCAACAACUUCAACAACAGAAUGAAUUGGUUGAAUCACUCAAAAAGACGAUGAAUGAGAAAGCUCAAGGCAUGUUUCUCUGGGUCAACCUUGUUCUCAACAGCAUGGAAGAGACAUACAGCCUCCAAGACUUGCAAUCCGCGAUUGAUACUCUCCCUAAAGGCUUGACAGACUUGUAA